GGACUAGCUGGCCAUUCCUCUGGAUGCUUGCACGAAGAAGAUCGUUUGAAGUGAAGAGGCUUAAGAAUCUAUCGACUUCUGCGGCCUUUGUUUCUAAUGAAGCGGUAUUCAAGCAGAGGAAAUGUGAUACUUUUGGAGCUAGAGGGGAUGAUCGACAGGUGGUUGCUGCACUGAAGGCUUGCAGCGGCUCAAGAGAUUUAGAGAAAGGGAAGGAAAUUCACAGGAGACUGGGAAGCAACUUUGGUGUCUUCAUCUCGACUGCCUUGGUGGACAUGUACUCAAAGUGCGGGUGCAUGGCUGAAGCUCGCCAAGUUUUUGACAGCAUACAUCGUCGAGAUGUUGUUUCUUGGAACGCGAUCAUCACUGGCUAUGCUCAUGGUGGAGCUGCUGGGUCCGCUCUGGAACUAUACCUGCUGAUGCAGCAAGAUGGUUUCGUCCCGAAUGGUAGAACUUUCGUUGCUACUCUCAGCGCGUGUGCCAGUUUGGCAGCCAAGGAAGAUCGAAAACAAGUAGUGGCAAGAGGAUUUUCUAUUCACUCUCAGGUUGCCAAGACAGGAUACGAAGAAGACGUUUUCGUUGCGAGCACUCUGGUGGACAUGCACACAAAGUUUGGUCUGAUGGAUGUUGCGCGUCGGGUAUUUGACAGCAUCCAGAGUCCCACAGUGGUGCUGUGGACUGCCAUGAUCAUGGGAUAUGCACAAAACGGGGAGAGUGACAUUGCUUUGGAGCUGUUUGCCGCAAUGCAGGAGCAAGGCUACAGAUUAGACUCGCGGACUUUCGUUGCUGCGUUGAUAGCGUGCACUGGUCUGGCAUCGAGAGAAGAUGGCAAACAAGUGGACGGGAAGCUUGUAAAGGCCGAGGCUCUCAGGAAAGGCAGGAGCAUACACUCGCUUCUCCAAAUGAGUGACAACAGCCAGAAGCUCAAUGCCUUCGUAAGAAACAGUCUCGUGGACAUGCUUGCAAAGUGUGGGAGCAUGCUCGAGGCUCGAGCAGUGUUUGAGCAGACAAGUCACCACGACGUGGUGCUGUGGAACUCUAUCAUACAUGGCUACGCACAGAGCGGUGACGGCGAGCAAGCUCUAGAGAUGUUUUCGAGAAUGCUCGACCGGGGUGUCGAUCCAGAUGCUCGGACCUUCGUCGCCGCGAUAGGUGCUUGCUCAAGCUUGGCUUCAGCGGAAGAAGCAGAGAAAGUAAAUGGGAAGCUAGUCAAGGUGGUGUCGCUUGGAAAGGGCCGAGCUAUCCAUCUACAGCUUAAAAAUCUGGGACGUAAGGUAGCGACUGAUAUAUACGUGGAAAAUUCGCUCGUGGACAUGUACGCCAAGUGUGGAAGCUUAGCUGAGGCUCGAGAGGUGUUCGAGGAGAUGCAGCAACGAAACGUAGUUUCUUGGACGACCAUGAUUCUUGGAUGCGUACAGAAUGGCGAGAGUGAUGCGGCUCUGGAGCUCUUCACGGCUAUGCAAGAGGAAGGCUUGACACCGCAGGCUCGAACUUACGUUGCAGCACUCAACGCUUGCUCUAGCCUCGCAGCCCAAGAAGGAAGAGAGCUCGGUGGGGAUGCUCGAGUUCUCAAGCUCAAGUCACUCGAGAGAGGCCGACUGAUACACUUGGAGCUCAGGAACAAGGGACACGAGCCAGAUGUUUUCGUGGCGAAUUCUCUGGUGGACAUGUAUGCCAACUGCGGGAGCAUUGCGGAGGCUCGGUCGGUCUUUGACAGGAGUGUGAUGCUGGGAAGUUCUUCGCUAGCGAUGUGGACAUCGAUGAUCCUGGGCUAUGCCGAGCUUGGGGAGAACAGCACUGCUUUGGAGCUGUUCGAGAGUAUGAUUCAGCAGCAGUUGCAUCCGGAGUCUCGGACUUUCGUGGCUGUUAUCAAGGCGUGUGGAAAUCUCGCAGACUUCGAGAGAGGAAGACGAGUUCACGAACAGAUUCGAAGCAGAAGAGGUUAUAUGGAUCAGCAAAGUGAGCUUGUCGUUGCAAACUCUCUCAUCACUUUGUACGGCAAAUGUGGGUGCAUGGAAGAAGCUCGAGCCGUCUUCGACGCCAUUCCCGUCAAGAGGAGAGAUUUAGUGGCUUGGAGCGCGAUCAUCUCCGGCUAUAGCCAACAGGGUGACGCUUGCCAGGUCUUCGACCUCUUCGAGCGCAUGCAGCACGAGAAGAUACGCCCCGAUGGUGUGACUUUUCUCUCGGUGCUCAGCGCUUGCAACCACACUGGACUCGUCGACCAAGCCAGGAAAUACUUUCACGCACUGCUCGAGGACUACAGAGAAUAUGCAACGAUCCAGCACUACUCGUGCAUGGUCGAUCUCCUGGGUCGCGCAAACCAUCUUGAGGAGGCACUGGCUGUAGUGAAAAGCAUGCCUAUGGAGCCGGACUCCACGAUCUGGACGAGCAUCCUGGCAUCAAGUCGAAAGUGGGAAAACGUAGAAGCUGGAAGAGCAGCCUUCGAGAGGAUCCAGGAAAAAGAUGGCGCGGCCUUUGUGCUACUGGCAAACAGCUACGCCGGACGAAGCUCAAACUCUCCUUCGCGAUGAUCUCUCGUUCGACCAUCGUCCUCGGCCUUACUCCUCAUUGCAUCGAUCUCCAGCUUCUUCUCCCACAUUCCCGCGGCUCCAUAGAUACUGGCCAUCAUCACGUAGCACGAGAUCGCAACAGGCUCUCGACUUCUCAGCAAAGUAUCGAAAGCCAGCCGCCCGACUUCUACGUUCUUCCACUUGUGGCAAGCACCAAGGAGAGUGACCCAAGCGACCGAGCUCCAGGGCACCAUGUUCGCCAUCUGCACGGCUUCUUCCAGCCGGUUUGCUCGUCCCAGCACGUCCACCAUGCAACGGCAGUGCUGAGCGUCGGGAGAGACUCCAUAGCUGGAGAGCAUCGAGUGGAAGUGCUCGAGUCCCUUGUCGACGAGACCGGCGUGGCUGCUAGCCGCGAGAAGAGCCGAGAAAGUUACUCCAUUCGGCCUCAAAGCUACUCGAUCGAGAGCCUCGAAAAGAGCAAAGACGCGGGUGGUGUCUCCCUGGCGACUAUAUCCGACCAGCAAAGAGUUCCAAGUCA